AUGCUAACCACAAUCAAUUCUAGAGAGCAGGUGUUCCCCACGCGUAUGACCUUGGGGCUCAUGAAGACCAAGCUCAAAGGAGCUCAGCAGGGUCAUUCUCUUCUGAAGAGAAAGUCUGAAGCGCUGACAAAGCGUUUCAGAGAGAUCACCCGCAGGAUCGAUGAAGCUAAAAGAAAGAUGGGAAGAGUGAUGCAAACCGCUGCGUUUUCGCUGGCUGAAGUCACCUACGCUACAGGCGACAACAUCGGGUACCAGGUGCAGGAAUCGGUCAAGAACGCCAGAUUCCAGGUCAAGGCCAGGCAGGAGAACGUGAGUGGAGUAUAUCUUCCGCAAUUCGAGGCUCACAUAAACGAAGACAUCAACGACUUUCAGAUGACCGGUCUGGGAAGAGGUGGUCAACAGGUUCAGAAGGCUAAGACGGUGUACACUAAGUCGGUCGAGACGUUGGUGGAGUUGGCCUCUUUGCAGACGGCGUUCGUCAUAUUGGACGAGGUCAUCAAGGUGACCAACCGUCGUGUAAAUGCCAUUGAGCAUGUCAUUAUCCCAAGAACAGAGAACACGAUUGCAUACAUUAACUCUGAGCUGGACGAGCUGGACAGAGAGGAGUUCUACCGCUUGAAGAAGGUCCAGGAAAAGAAGCAGCAGCAGGUGGCAUUACAAGACGCCGAGAACGCAGCACGUAAGGCAAAACUCUCGGAGACUGAGGCAAAGGCUAUUGCAGCGUUGGAGAGGGAAAGUGCUGAUCUAACAGCAGAGGUUGAAGAGGAUGUUAUCUUUUAG